UCCCAAUCAACUUCUCCUUCCCACGUCUCUCUCUCUAUCCCUUCCUAAGUGCUUAUCGCUUCUUUUUCUCCCUCCUCUCUCUUUUUCUUCUGCUGAUUUAUGGGCUUCAUCCAUACUUAUUUCACAUUACAGCAGCUUCUUACUCUCCGGUUUCUGCCCGUAUAUCUUUUGAGCUCAAUUUCCUCUGCAAAAAUCAGAUCUUUGUUUUGAUUUCGUCUUCAACCUUAAAAAAGAGUCGGUGCUUAAGGGAGCUCAGCUAUGGAGGGUGGGAAAAUGAGUAGCAGUAGUAGUAACAACAGAGGUCUUCUUCUUCCAAGCGAUAGAUUUCCUUCUCCUUCUGGGGUUCUUGAUUCUUUCUGGGUUCCCAACUCUAACCCCUCUUUUCAAGCUUCAGCGACUAUGGUGAAUUUCAACGAUUCGCCACAGGAGAUGGAACACAGCAAUGAAGACUACACGGGUUGCUUUCUUCAACCGGAGAAGAAACGUAGGCUCAGCCCGGAACAGGUGCAUUUUCUUGAGCAAAGUUUUGAGGUGGAGAACAGGCUUGAGCCUGAGAGAAAGGUCCAAUUGGCUAAAGAGCUUGGCCUCCAUCCCAGACAAGUCGCAAUCUGGUUCCAAAACCGACGUGCCCGUUACAAGACGAAGCACAUUGAGAAGGAAUAUGAUUCCUUGAAAACUAGCUUCAAUCAACUCAAAGCUGAUUUCGAUUCCCUCUCUUUGGAAAAUGAGAAACUCAGAAACGAGGUUCAAGUGUUGACUGAAAAGAUGGAGAGUAAAGAGAAGGGGAAGGCAAAACGAGAAACAUCAGAACCAGUGGUGAACAGAAAUGGGAGAAAAGCCCAACUGGAAGAGCAAAUUCAUAGUAGAAACUCCCAAAAUGGGGUAAGUUCUCCAAUAGUGAUGUGCAAGCAAGAAGAUGCUGCAAGUUCAGCUAAAAGUGAUGUUUUUGAUUCCGACAGCCCGGUGUACACUGACGGGAUCCAUUCAUCAUUCCCAGCAGAUUCGUCACAUGUUCUUGACUCUGAUUUUUCUCGUAGCUUAUUCCCAAAGCUCCAAGAGGAAGAAGAGGAGGAAGAAGAGUAUCAUAGCCUGCAAAUGCCACCAAAUGCUUCUGGUUUGGGAUAUUCUAUUGAAGACCAGAUGACUACAUGGUUUUGGUCUUAAAUGAAUAGGGCCCCAUCCAAUGUGUAGUAUAUUCUUAUGUUCUUUGCUUUUUAGUGUACACCAUGAAUGCUGCUUUCUGAUGUUGUAAGGUGUUGUAAAUUUACCAAUAAUGUUAAAUUUGAGGUUAGAUAGUGGAGUGAGCUUUUUGCUGAUUCUAAUAAAGGUUUUAAAUAUCGGCUAUUAGUGGAUAUAUGUAGUACUCCUUCCGCACGUUUUUUGAGUUGUUUCAAAAUAAGUGUCGCAUUUCUCUCAUGUUCAUAGAAAUGAUCUACAACAUUUCGUUUUAUAUACUCAAAUUUCAACA